AUGUGGAAACGGUGGAUCAGAUGGGGAGAGAAAGGGAGGGGGAAAAAAUCAAAAAUGGGUCAUCGGCCGUGGGCGAUUCUGUGUCGCGAGAGACGGGCGUCUCCUGGACAGGACAGACUAUUCGCGUGGGAGAGGGUGCCUGAAAGGUCUGCAAGGGGCCAGCCAAUACCCGCCCACCACGCCGGCUUUGUUUAA